AUGAGUCAUGGACGUCUACCACCAACUGGACCUUAUUGCUCAGCUUGCUUGAGGAUCUUAACAACCAGUUAUGAACUUCCUCAGUAUGAAGACAAACUAGAAUUCUUGUCAAAGAAGUAUCAAGAUGACGAAGAGUUUAGAGCUUUCGUAGAUUCAUUGAACAUCCUCUACAUAGUUGACUCAAAUGAUGAACUCAGUAAAGUCAUCAGAAACUGUGAUGAAAAGAAAUGUGAAGAGAUGCUUGAGAUGCUUGAAAGAGUUUUCGACUUCAAGUAUGAGAAAUACAUUGAAGGUAGAGAAUGA